AUGUCGGCGACUCAACCUUGCGCGUCGCUCUACGUCAGCAACCUCAACAUCAGCAUCAGAAAGGACGGCAAGUAGCGCGCGCACUCCCACCAGCCUCAGCUUACCCAUCCUGUCUUCGGCUGACCUCUCCCCCCAUCACUCAUCACUACACGUACGCACCCCAGAGCUCAAACGAUCGCUCUACGUCCUCUUUGGUCUGUACGGCAAGGUAUUGGACGUCGUGCACGUCAGGGCGGCCAAGGUCCGGUCGACGGCCUUCAUCGUCUUUCGUGAACUCGCACCCGCGACCGCCGCGUUGAGGGCACUGGAUGGCGAGGCAUUCUAUGGAUUGCAGUUGGUACGCUCUCCGGAUACGCUAGCGUGACUAUUGGCUGCCCUUCCCGCUUCUCGACUGCGAAUUCAGCCUCGAGAUCGCUGAAACGCCCCCCCCCCCGCUGAUCCCUGUUCUUCGCUCCCUCCUCCCUCCUCCCUCCUCCCACCUCCCACCUUCCAUUCUUCACCACCACCAGCGCGUAACUUACGCCAAAACCCCUUCCCACGCCACCAUCGCCCACCACGAAGGCCCCGAAGCCGUCUACGCCAUCAAGCUCGGUCUCCGUUCUGCCGCCGACGCCGCGAGUGGCAGCAAGUCCAAAUUGAUCGUCUCGAGCGCGCAAAAGAACCAACUCGAAGCGUUGAAGAAGGCCAAGAGGGGCAGGGACGAUGGUGCGGCUGCCGAGGAGGAGGAAGAGGAAGACAGCGAAGAUGGGGAGGGGCCGGAGAAGAAGAAGGGCAAGACGGGCGAGGCCGAGCAGGACGACGGACCGGACGAGCAGGAGGAAGAUGGUCAGUUUGGCCAGGUUAUCACGCGUCGAGGGUGGCUAGGAGCUGACUUGCGUACUACACUACCUGCACAGACGCCAUGGACGAGGAAUCGGACGAAGACGUACCACUCUCUACAGCAGCAACAUCAAAGUACCCCGCCGAGGCCAGCCCAUCGCUCUUCAUCGAAGGAUUGCCCGCCGAGGUCACGGGCGAGAUGCUGCUACCCUUGUUCCAACAGUCAGUACACCAUACCAAGUCGGCGCGUACACGCAUCUCCACUAACGCGGUCCAGCUUUUGACCCGUCCUAGAUACCCCGGUCUAUCCUCGGUCAAGUUAUUACCGACCCCUCCUGGUUCGGGAACGAAUGCGGGCCGAGCACACGCCGUGUACGAGACUGUGGGACAGGCAUCGACGGCCAAGGAGGCGCUCGACCAGUUCUUGUUGGCACCUCAGACACCCAUGUCUGUUAGUUGGAUGAAGAAGGCCUAA